AUGGCUGUUGCCGUCAAGAAUGCCACCUUUUUACCUUAUGGAAAAUAUGCUUGUCUCAAGUGUUAUGCCGUUCUUGGUAGGGUUGCUGCGGUGAGUCAAAAACCACCAUCUUCUCCCGCUGAUUCACAUUCAAGUUGGCUAGGCAGUCUGUCCGCCAUUUGGUUUCCUUCUCUUAAGGUGAUGUGUACGACUUACAUCCAAGAAAGAACAGAGUUGAUCGAAGCCUUACACAAGGAUAGAAAGCUAUCUGACCUUCCCAAGAUUACUCAGCCCACAUUAAUCAUCUGGGGAGAACAUGAUCAGAUAUUCCCCCUCGAAUUGGCACACAGAUUGAAAAGGCAUUUGGGUGAAAAUGCAGAACUUGUGAUUAUAAAGAAAGCAGGACAUGCAAUCAACAUGGAGAAGCCCAAAAAGAUGUACAAACACUUGAAGUCAUUCCUUAUCAAUCCUCUCCCACUGCCUAGGCAUGAAAAUAAUGGCAAUAGCCACAAGGAAGACUGACAGGUUUGGAGAAGAAAGAGUGUGUUAUCUGAGAAGCUGCUAGUUUGCUGAGGCUACCUUUGUUGGAUUAUUGUGGUUGUGUAUAGCAGACAUCACAAUCAACUUAGAGUUUGCCAAGUAUUCGUUACAGAGUUUGAAAACAUGUGAAUAGGAACACAGAAAGAUAUGUUUAUGCCAUCACCCUGAUAAGCUUGCUGGAUCACCACAAAAAUUUGGUUUGAGAAACUUUCAGAAGGACACUUGAAUUCAUGGUGGCGGUUGAGGCUGUGGGGGAUGUUGUUGUUCUUUCCUUUAUCUUUUUUCCUUUUCCUUCUUAUUUUUGGCAUUGGAAUUCUACUCAAUCUGCAAUGGAUCCAAUGCCAUUGGCAUUCACAUUGAAGAGGGAUACUGGCAUUCCAGUGAUAUCUUUUUAUAGUGUCUUGUUGAAUCCUUACAUUAUAUAAUUAUUUUCUCAUUCCAAACACGUGUUCUUUAGAGUUGUGAAAUGUGAAGUAAACUCGGGAUGUGUGCAACGAUACGUG